GCGGCGGUGCACCGGAGUGCUGGGGGAACUAGUUGCCGCCACUUGGCCGCUACUGGAGGGCGGUGUAGCAGCGUCGCAAUGCCGGGACGGUUCUCUGCGAUGGAGAACACGCACUAACCGGAUUUGGAAUAGCUUUUUUUUUUUUUUUCUCUCUCUCUCUUUCCUUUUCUUGGAUUAAACCGACCUGGUUCGUUGAUAUUUUCUGGUAGCGUGGAUUAGUGAACACUUACAAAAAAAAAAAAAAUGCCUGCAAAAACCAAGUACAACCUCGUUGAUGAUGGGCAUGAUUUGCGGAUCCCGCUGCACAACGAGGAAGCGUUCCAGCAUGGGAUCAACUUCGAGGCAAAGUACAUCGGCAGUCUGGAUGUGACGCGGCCGAGCAGCCGAGUGGAGAUCGUGGCUGCGAUGAGAAGGAUUCGGUAUGAGUUCAAGGUGAAAAACAUCAAGAAGAAAAAAGUCAACAUCGUGGUGUCUGUCGACGGCGUGAGAGUGGCCUUGAGGAAAAAGAAAAAAAAGAAGGAGUGGACGUGGGAUGAGAGCAAGAUGAUGGUGAUGCAGGAUCCCAUUUACAGGAUAUUCUAUGUGUCUCAUGACUCGCAGGAUCUGAAGAUAUUCAGCUACAUCGCCAGAGACGGACAGAGUAACGUCUUCCGCUGCAAUGUCUUCAAGUCCAAGAAGAAGAGUCAGGCCAUGCGUAUUGUUCGGACAGUCGGCCAGGCGUUCGAAGUUUGUCAUAAACUGAGUCUGCUGCAUACACAGCAGAACGCGGAUGGACAGGAGGACAGCGAAAAGAACGGCAACGACUCCUCUGUCACAGCUCGGGAGCUGACGGGCGCCGAGAAGACGCCGACCGUCAGCGAGGAGACGGAUAUCGAUGCGGAGGACGCGAUCCAGGUGUCUGCAGCAGAGGAGUUGAACCCUGAUAGAGGGGUGACUGAUCUGGACGCCAAAGCCAAGUCCCCUGACCUGAACCCCGAAGAGAGCAAGGCUUCAGAGGAGGCCUCCCUGCUGAUGUCCAGCCCCAGGAUGCUGCUCCCUCCAUCGAGUACUCUCCCACCAGGUGGCCCCCUGUCUGUCCACCACCAGAUCCAGCUGCUCCAACAGCAGCUGCAGCAGCAACAACAGCAGACACAAGUGGCUGUGGCACAGGUCCACCUGUUGAAGGACCAGCUGACUGCGGAGGCCACGGCUCGGCUGGAGGCCCAGGCUCGAGUCCACCAGCUGCUGCUGCAGAACAAAGACCUUCUGCAGCACAUCUCCCUGCUGGUUAAACAGAUUCAGGAGCUGGAGCUCAAGAUGUCUGGACCAAACUCCAUGGGAUCUCAGGACAGUCUGUUGGAGAUCACCUUCCGGUCUACGGUACCUCCAGUGAUCUGCGACCCCACAACUCCCAAACCUGAUGUGUCCUCCCUCCACCUGCCCGCGCUGGGCUCCACCGACGGGACCUGCAACGUCUUCUCAUCUUCCAAUGGGACUCUGGGAAGCCCCCUAGGUAGGGACAAGUGUCUUCUCAAACUGGAGUGUUUUCGUUUUCUCCCGGGGCCUCCACCUCCUCAACUCCCCUCGCCUCCCCCGCUGCACAAGGCCGACAGGCCAGAGAGCGAAGGCCAAGAGGAGUCUGAGGGCACGGUGAAGUUGUUGUCAAAUGACGUCAAAUCUCUGGCCUGCCUGGACUUCGCCACAAGGUUUAGGGAGUCAGGUAUCGCCUCAGAGUAUGAGUCGAACACAGACGACAGCGAUGACAAUGAGGAUGAUGGGGAGGACGAUGAGGAGGAGGAGGGGAUGCAGAUCUUUGGCUGGGGGAGUGAUGAGGAGACGCUGAGGCUGCUUAAUGUUCUCAACAGACAGGGAACACCCGACUGUCUGGGAGAUGAAAUAGCGGUAUAA